ACAAAAGUGGGGGAAGAGAUCAGGAGAGUGACGCGAACUUUAUGCUUGCAUCCUUCACCACAAACUUUCGCCUCCUACUCGCUUGUUUCUACAUGAGAUAAAGAUAUGAUACGGAUAAAGUAGUGGAAGGGAAGAAUAAUAAAAUAAACAUUAAGAAAAAGAAAAAAGAAAUUAAGAGAGAAAGAGAGAACCAGUAGUAAGAGGUGAUAGAUGUCGGGUAUUGAUGAAAUGCCAUCACCUGCUGCUUCCAAAAGAAAACAGCUUGCCAUGGAGAGGACCAGCGAAUGGGUAUUCUCCCAGGAUAUCCCCAGCGACAUCACUGUUCAGGUUGGGGAUGCUACUUUCUCCUUGCACAAGUCUCCCCUCUUGUCAAAAUGCGGACACGUUAGGAAAUUGCUUGGUGAAGCCCAUGAUUCGAACUCCCCACUCAUUCAAAUCCCACACGUUCCCGGUGGUGCUGAAGCGUUUGAGCUUGUUGCCAAGUUCUGUUAUGGGGUUAGCUUUGAGAUCGACACCGAUAAUAUCGCGAUGCUCCGGUGCGCGGCAGAAUACCUUGGCAUGACGGAGGACUAUUCGGCUGGAAAUCUAGUGAACAGAGCCGAAACAUACUUGGAGAAGGUGGCUUUGGUGAGCAUAUCAGGCGCAGUCUCUGUUCUCCGAAAGUCGGAAGAUCUACUUCCAGUAUCAGAGAAAGUAAAGUUGACAAGCAGAUGUAUUGAUGCAAUAGCUUAUCUGGCAUGCGAUGAUAACCAGUUCUACUUGUCACUGAGGACUGACGAUAAUGGUCGAGAGAGUUUGAGUUUAUCGUCAAGUUCACAGCGUAGGGCUGUGGUGGAUUGGUGGGCAGAGGAGCUAGUGGUCUUAAGGAUCGACACGUUUCAGAGGGUUUUAGUGGCUAUGGAAGCUAGGGGGGUACAACAGUAUGCUCUUGGUCCUGUUAUUAUGCUCUAUGCUCAGAAAUCUCUGCGAGGUUUGGAAAUUUUUGGGAGGGGUAGGGAGAAGAUGGAGCCAAAACAAGAGCAUGAAAGAAGAGUGGUGUUGGAGACAAUUGUUGGUCUAUUGCCAAGGGAAAGGAAUGCGAUGUCGGUGAGUUUUCUCUCAAUGCUUCUGAGAGCAUCUCUACAUGUUGAGACAACUGUAGCAUGCCGUCUUGAUCUUGAAAAGAGGAUAGCUUUACAGUUAGAACAGGCGGUGUUGGAUGACCUCUUGAUCCCUUCAUUCUCCUUCGAUGGUGAUACUAUAUUCGAUGUUGAUACAGUUCAGAGGAUUCUGAUGAAUUACCUUGAUAAUGAGGUUGAUUGCAGUCGGUCUGAUGAUGAGUAUGUCUCUCCGCCGCCUAGUAGUAUCGAACGGGUUGGAAAGCUUAUGGAGAACUAUCUUGCUGAAAUUGCGUCUGACCAGAAUCUGACGAUCUCGACUUUCAUCAGCCUUGCAGAGCUACUUCCAGAACGAGCAAGGAUUACUGAAGAUGGCGUGUACAGAGCCAUAGAUAUAUACCUGAAGGCUCAUCCAUCUUUGAGUGACAUGGAGAGGAAAGGUCUGCAGCAUGAAUGGACUGCCCAGAAGCUCUCAUCAGAGAGGCUUGCGCUCACGCGCCGGCAUGACAGGCUCCCUGUACAAGUAGUUGUCCAGGUGCUUUACUAUGAGCAGCAACGCUUUCGUGAUUCUAUGACUGGAAACUUCACUGGUGGAGAUUCUCCGGCGUUAUCCCAUAAAACUUCUCCGUAUAGCAUCGGUUAUCAGAAUCAAAUGGAUGAGCUCAAUCGGUUGCGAAGAGAGAACGAUGACCUGAAGCUUGAACUGGUGAAAACACGGAUGCAAUUAAAAGAGCUGCAAAAGACUUCAGGGAACUCAUCAAAUGCUGCGAAACCUCCAUUGCCGAAGAAAUCGAUCAUUAAUUCCGUGUCGAAAAAGCUUGGUCGUCUUAACCUCUUCGUUCGGCCUGAUGCUAUCAAGCCUUUCUCAGGCAAAGCUCGGACAAAGCCACCCAAAAACCGGAGACACUCUAUAUCCUGAAAUAUCAUUUUGUGGUAGACCUUGUGAAAAUAUUCGCUUCCUAAAGCGGUCAGGUCAGCACAUGUCGAACAUCAUUCUAGUAAAUAUAAUGUAAAUUUCCUUAGUUUUGUAUUUUAUAUGUUUUAGCAUUGAGCUAGAAUAUUUUUCUGUCAAUAAUUGAUGCUCUUAAUUACUUUCGUACAUAUUACAGACCUAGUUCCUUAUCCUA